AUGCUACUCUAUUUAUCCUUUAUUACCAAAACUAAUUUUAGAUUCAACGGCGAAGAUCUUAGGCAUAUAUCAACCCAGUGGGGUUCCACAUUUGAAGGAAUCCUUCUUCUCAAACAGAAAUCAGAAUCAUUUUUCAAGCGAUCCAGCUCUUUCAGUGAGCAUUGGUGCCGGCUAAAAGGCAAUCUUCUUGUCAUCUUUCGUAACGAAGGUGCAAGUUCCAAAGAUCUGGUCGGAGUUGUUCUUCUUGAGCGAUGCCAGGCUAAAACUGUAGUUGAUACUGCUGUACAGAAUGCCUUCCAGAUCGUUUUUGAAUGUGGUGACCCUCCCAUGUUUUUUGCUGCGCGUUCUGCUGAAGAAGCUAAUAUGUGGUGUAACCAUAUCUCAAAAGCUGGUCUUUCUGAGCUAUCAGCUCGUAGAUUACAACUUAGAGAGGAAAUACGACAUUUAACAGGAAAAGAUCCCCUCGAUCCUCUUAGCCCAGCUUUUAAUCCUCGAUCUGCCUGCGAUCCCGAUGAAUUUAAUGAAUCCGGAUUAGAAAUCCAAUUAAGUCUCCUUGAGGAAAAUGCUUCCACUUUCCUUGAUCCUGAUUUGGGCCUUCAGUUUAUGAUUUAUGUCAAACAACCUGAAAUUGGGGAUACUUGGGAAUUAAUAGCAGAAACAGAGGUUCAAACGAAGGCAUGCUUGACUUUCUUGAAAACCGUGAAGUUAAACUCCGAAAAGGUCUCCAAAUCUUCACUUAUAAUGUUCAGCUUAUUGGAAUUUAAGGAUAUUCAUUCCUCUUUGAGUCGCGUAAUUAGUAGUGCGGAAACAACAGCAGAAGCUUUGCACAGCGCUUCAACGUUAAAUUUGCACCUACACGUGGAAUCGGAGACUACUAGCAAUUCGGAUUAUCUUCUAGUUGUCCAGGUUUUGAAUCAGCGUGCAAAUGGUCCUGAUUUUGAUCAUCUUGAUCCCGACAGUCAACAGCUGCGAAAUGUGUGUGAGACUAUCUUGACCCGAAAUUAUGUUUUUCCUCAUACUCUUGGGGGGAAUAUGCGAGUUGUGGAGUUUAUGGGCGAAUCUCGAAUCUGUUUCCAAUUCCCUAUUGAAUACCUAAAGUCAUUGAUCACUCAAGAACAUCUGCUCUAUGAUUCACUUCUUCGGAUUGGAAUGUCGGAUCCCACUCUUGAAUGUCUUCGUAGGGAGCGUCUGAUGGGUAUGAAAAACACAAUCGAACUCUAUGAGCUAUGCCUGCGAAGCACCGUGGACCAUAUGGGUCCAAGUUUCAAGCGAAGUACCGAACGCAAAUGCUCCGAAUUGGACUUUGUCCCAACAAAUCUCCAUGUCAAUAGAAUCGGUCUGUUGGACUCGGAUAAUAGGCUUAUCUCCUCUCAUGAUAUAAUUUCCGUUGGCGCCUUUACCUCUUCCUCAGGCAAAUUCAAGGCUAAGGGCCUAUUCCAGACAGUAGCAACUGUCUCCAACCUGGACAAAGCUUCCGACAAUCACAAUCCCCAUCACAGUGCGAGUCUCACAGAAAUGCUGCGCAAUUCUCCAACUGCACGUGUUUUGGUUUCUUCAGCUCUUCAAUACGACAAGCAGAGCAUUGGAAUGGCUUUCAGAAAUCUUUCUACAGGUGGAGUUGUGGCUGUCCGACUGAGUGGUGACCUUUCAGAACUCAAUACAAGAUUGGGACCAACAGGUCAGGCAGGAAUCUUAUCUCAAAGGCUUGAAAAGGGUAUGACUGCGCUGAUGGGGAUAUUCAAAAGUGCUUCAGUUAGUGAUGGCUUCUUAGAGGAACUCCGGUCAAGUUAUGAACCCCUUCUCAAACGUGUAGCUGACCUGUCAGCUCUGGAUUCGAAUCAGAGUGAUCCAGUGAAUGAUACCAAUCGCGACGUAGUACUCCAGGAGAUCGCUUCAACAUCCACGCGCUUACAGAAGGUGUUAUUCCGCACUUGGGAGCAGGUUGAAGAGUCUUUGUGGCGAGAAGUCCUGUCCAAUUUGGCAGCGGCUGCAUCAUCUUGUGAGAACUCAUCAGCAGGAAUGAACCUCCAGACAAUGUCCAGUAUCUGGGACAGUAUUCACUAUCGACAUCAUACUUCCCUAUGCCAAGCUCUAACAACAAUCCUAACAGGCCUCUCCUUGGCAAUACCGCAUUGGUCGCCGACUGAAUGGAAACAAAUGGUUCGCUGUGGAGUUCCGCUCCACUUUGAAGGCCUCUUGAGUUGCUAUGGUGAAGAAAUGUCCAUGUUGGAGAAUUGGGCUUGGGCCAUUCAGAGUCUCGAAUUCUGCAGGAUUGUUAUCCGACCCAGUGACUGUGUCACUCCUUCCAUUAAGAGCAAAAAUAGCAAAAAUGAGGAGAUGAUCGAUGAGAAUGAGCGGACAGGAAGUGGUCUAACUAAACCAACAGCCCAAAUUCUCAGUCACAAUGAAAUAAUGGCAAUUUUAGAUUUAACAAUCCCUCGAACAGCCUGGGACCGAGCACCAUCAGAAGUUCUAGCUCGAGGUAGAAUUGCUCUCACAUUGCAUCCAUUCCAUUUCAAUGUUGGAAUAAAUGAACAGCAAACAUUUGCUGAGCGACUUGAACGAGUUAAUCUUCAGUCCUCUAUUAACACCAAAGGAUUAGCCAGCAUGAAGAAUUACUUUGAAAAGUACACCCGCAAGUUCGGGGCCCCUAGAUCGUUUUCGACAGUUUUAGCCUAUCCUAUUCAAAAUCAGGUGAACCUCACCACACAACACGAUGAGGAGAAGGGAGAUCGUGAUUUGUAG